GUACAUGUAUAAAUCGGAUUCAUUUGAUUAACAAUAAACAGUGGGGCGAAGAUAAAGAGCACGAUGAACCUCCCUGUGGCCGGGCUUCUACUGGUGGCCUUUUGUUGCUCACCUAUUGCAACCAUUGACACGUCACUCAUCACUGACUCACUCAGUCUGGCCAAUGAUCUCGGCGGAUUCAUAGAGAGUCAGGACUUCUCCAAAACUGCAUCCAAGCUCAUUUCGUCAGUCAGCCCGUACUUGGGAGUCAUUGGGUCUGUCCUGUCGUUCGCUUUUGGUUUUCUAGACACUGGUCCGUCUGCUGAGCUCCUGGCCAUCCAGAAACUGUACAAAGAUGUCACGCUACGCUUUGACAAGAUAGACCACCAAUUUUCUGCGGUCACCCGGGAAAUGAAAUGGGGCAGCAUUGAGGCUCAUUUUGGCGACUAUGAGAGUACAAUUCACACUAUUAGUCACACAUAUCAGCAACUAGUGUCCUCGACAUCAAAGAACGAGUUUGAUUCAAGAAAAUAUCUUUUUACCCAAGCUUUCAGAAGUUACCAAAAGGCUGGCGAGAAAAUAUACGAUGGAAUCGUUGGUCAGAGCAAUCUCUUCAAUGGACCAAUUUUCGAUGAAGCAGUCGACCACGUGAAGUGGGACCGAAAGAAAGCCCAAGAGUUUAUGCUGGGAGUAACAAAACUCCUUAUCAGUGCUGCAGGCAUUGAGGUAGCAUACUACCACCUAACCAACCACCAUGACAGUGCAAAAUUUAUCCAACACGACUGGCAGGUUAAGCUUGAGACUAUUAAGUCCAAAAUGAAUGCUAUUGAUCACAAACUGACCACACAAUACGGCCAUCAACUGAGUACAGAUGUCGACAUAGACAUCGCAAAUCACAACAGCUUAAGCAACUGUGAUCUCGCCCACGAGGUAUACACCACCAUUGCAAAGAAAUAUUACUGGCGAAGCUGGAUAGUCACGGUUACUGACCACUCGACGGACAACCAUAAAUUCAUAGCCCACGCAUGCUCAGGAACAAUAAACCAAAAGCAUUCUAAGAAUGUUGUGGUUUCGAGCGUGGAUCCACACAAGGCCCAUUUGACAACCACACAACAACAAGUGAUCAACUACGUACAGACUUACCACACCUUCCACAUCAUGCACGGCGGUAAACGGGAUCUCCAAAAACGAACUGGACAUCGUCGUAACAACGCUGAUGUGGCCUACAGCAGUUUCCCUUCGGCUGCACGUACAACGUGUAGUUCUGUGUACUCUUCUAUCGGGGUCGUCGACAAAACUCUCCAUAUGUGUUCGUCAUCCGCCCAUAAUCGUUUGUACACUCGCUACGACGGAUAUUUUUACAACGUGUUUGCUUCUGGAUAAACGGGACUUUUUUUUCUCUCAUAAUAAAAUAGUUCUUCAUUUGU